UCAUCCUUGGCGUCCAUCUCAAUAAUAAAUCCAACUGUACAUUACCAUCAUUUCACCUUGAGCGUCUUUUUCUUUGGGGGAAACCCGGAUUCGAGCAUCGCUUUAAUGGAGAUCGCGCCAUCUUCGAGUAGAUUCAAGCUGCACGAUCAGUUGGAGCUUCUGGAAUUUCCGGAUAAGUACGUCGUCAAAUCCUCGGAAUCUCCUGAUCAUGGCUUCUACAUAAAUCGACGGGAUGGCAACAUCGAUCCUCUUGACGAAAACUCAUGUUCUGGAACUCCUUCCAGAGUUUCUACUAUCUAUGGGGUAGGCGGAACAAUUAAGCUGCUUGCAGGAACAUACAUGCUCGUUAUAACAUCUCGGAAGGAAGUUGGGACUUUCCUUGGUUUCCCAGUUUUUCGAGUUGUCUCAAUGAGAUUUCUCCCUUGCAAUGAGGCUAUGAGGUUUGCAACUUCUCAAGAAAAGAGGGAUGAAGCCUACUUUAGGACUCUUUUGCAAACAGUCGAGGCAAGCCCAGGAUUGUAUUAUUCAUAUGAAACAGAUCUAACUCUAAACCUGCAAAGAAGAUACAAGCUAGCGGAAGGUUGGAUGCGUAAGCCGCUCUGGAAGCAGGCAGACCCUCGAUUUGUUUGGAACCGACAUCUUCUGGAGGAACUUAUUGAGUGUAAACUGGAUGGUUUUAUAAUUCCUCUCCUUCAAGGAAGCUUUCAAGUCGCUAAGCUACAGCUCAAGAAUUCUCCUGCUACUAUCACAUUAAUUUCCAGGCGUUGUACACGGCGUCUAGGUACACGAAUGUGGAGAAGAGGAGCCAAUCUUGAAGGGGAUACUGCUAAUUUUGUCGAAACUGAACAAGUACUGGAGAUUAAUGAUUUCAUGUUCUCAUUAUUACAGGUUCGAGGUUCGAUUCCACUUCUUUGGGAGCAGAUUGUUGAUUUGAGCUAUAAACCAGGGCUUAAGAUAAACAAUCACGAAGAGACGCCAAAAGUCGUGCAGCGCCAUUUUCAUGAUCUCUUCCAAAGAUAUGGAGAAACUAUUGCUAUUGACUUAACAGAUAAGCAUGGAGAUGAAGGUGAAUUAAGCAAAGCCUACGCCACUGAGAUGCGGAGGCUUCCGAAUGUCAGAUAUGUCUCCUUUGAUUUCCAUCACGUAUGCGGAAACUCAAACUUUGACAACUUACACGUACUGUAUGAGGAGAUAGCGGAUGAAUUUGAGAAGCAAGGAUAUUUCCUUGCAGACGCAGAAGGGAACAUCCUAGAAGAGCAGAAAGGAAUCGUCAGAUCUAACUGCAUCGAUUGCCUUGACCGCACAAAUGUCACCCAGAAUUACUUGGCUCAAAAGUCUCUGAACCUACAACUCCAAAGGAUCGGAUUAUUUGAUUCCACGGAAUGUAUCUCGAUGUUGGCGGACGAGUACACGAAGUUCAGAACAAUUUGGGCGGAGCAAGGGGACGAGAUCAGCCUGCAAUACGCGGGGACCUACGCUCUGAAGGGCGACCUUGUCAGGUAUGGGAAGCAGACGCUGUUUGGAGCAAUCAGAGACGGAAUGAGUGCACUGUCGAGAUACUAUUUGAAUAAUUUCCAGGACGGCAUCAGGCAGGAUGCGUUGGACCUGAUAAGCGGGAGAUACACUGUAAGCAGAAACAGCCCUUCACCUCUCCAACAACUCAAGGUGUUUGAGUCACCCUCUCAGUAUCUGCCAGUAGCAUCAGCCUUAUUGAUCGGAGGUAUAACAGUGACCUCUAUCACCAUUCAUCAAGCGGGAAGAAACACGCAGCAGUUUGUGUCGUCGGCAGUGUUGGCGGGAGUGACCGCUGGGGUUGUCGCCGUCAUCAAAUCCAACGGCAGGCACUUCUGUUCUCGUCCCCGCCUUUGCCGUCUCCUCUGAACACCUAGUAUCUUUUGUCCCUUCGUUCCCAUGAAUAAAAACGCGAGCUUGACCUACCUCUUUGUUCA